AUGGGGGUCUGUGGGUCCCUGUUCCUGCCCUGGAAGUGCCUCGUGGUCGUGUCUCUCAGGCUGCUGUUCCUUGUACCCACAGGAGUGCCCGUGCGCAGCGGAGAUGCCACCUUCCCCAAGGCGAUGGACAACGUGACGGUCCGGCAGGGGGAGAGCGCCACCCUGAGGUGCACGAUUGACAACCGGGUCACCCGGGUGGCCUGGCUGAACCGCAGCACCAUCCUCUACGCUGGGAAUGACAAGUGGUGCCUAGACCCCCGCGUGGUCCUCCUGAGCAACACCCAGACCCAGUACAGCAUCGAGAUCCAGAACGUGGACGUGUAUGACGAGGGCCCCUACACCUGCUCCGUGCAGACGGACAACCACCCCAAGACCUCCCGCGUCCACCUCAUUGUGCAAGUAUCUCCCAAAAUUGUGGAGAUUUCUUCAGAUAUCUCCAUUAACGAAGGCAACAACAUCAGCCUCACCUGCAUAGCAACGGGUAGACCGGAGCCCACAGUUACCUGGAGACACAUCUCCCCCAAAGCUGUGGGCUUUGUGAGUGAGGACGAAUAUUUGGAAAUCCAGGGCAUCACCCGGGAGCAGUCAGGGGACUACGAGUGCAGUGCCUCCAACGACGUGGCGGCCCCAGUGGUGCGGAGAGUCAAGGUCACCGUGAACUAUCCUCCAUACAUUUCAGAAGCUAAGGGGACUGGCGUGCCUGUGGGACAGAAGGGGACCCUGCAGUGCGAAGCCUCCGCAGUUCCCUCAGCAGAAUUCCAGUGGUACAAGGAUGACAAAAGGCUGGUUGAAGGAAAGAAGGGGGUCAAAGUGGAAAACAGACCUUUCCUCUCAAAACUCAUCUUCUUCAACGUCUCUGAACACGACUAUGGGAACUACACGUGUGUGGCCUCCAACAAGCUGGGUCACACCAAUGCCAGCAUCACACUGUUCGAGCUAAGUGAGCCUACAAGCUCAUCUUUGUUGCAAAAAGUGAAAACCACAACUCUGCCCCCUGGGAAAGGCCCAGGCGCCGUCAGCGAAGUGAGCAACGGGACGUCGUCGAGGAGGGCGGGCUGCCUCUGGCUGCUUCCUCUCCUGGUCUUGCACCUGCUCCUCAAAUUUUGA